AUAAAAUUUCAUACAAACGUUUCAUAACUUUUUCACUUGUUCCUUUGAUGAGAAGCAAACUCUGCCUUUUCCGUAUUUAAAGAGAGAGAGAGCUGUGAGGAUAAACCAAAGCUAAAAUAAAUAAACUCCACAUGGAUCAAAUUUUACACAACGCUUUCUUCCUUAUCAUCAUCGUUUCCAUUUUUUCCUCCAAACCACACGGCAGAGAUCUCCGUCCAUCGGAGCACGGCUUACCAUCGUCAUAUCCGACUGAAAAAUCCACAGAUCCACAAUUGCAUUCAUUCUUCGCCGGCUCCGGAGAUAAAACGCCAUCUUCAUUACCGGAGGCGAGGAACUUGACGUGGUGGGAUAAUUCCGGCGAUCAAAUGUCACAUGAGGGCAACCAAAAAGAUCACGUGAGAGAGGCGCUAUUGGUAUCCAGCUUGGUUUGUGGAGCAGCCGGCGUCGUUUUGCUCGCCGUUUCCGCAGCUGUUUUCGUCGUUAGGUUACGAAAGAGAACAAGCCAAAGAGAAAUGUCAUUGUCAACGUUAGGGUCCACCUCACUACCUAACGUCGUCAAUAAGUGAUUAUAAUAAUGCACUUUACUUUCACUUUAUAAUUCAUUUUCAUUUUGAUUUAAUGUACAGCGGAACGUACAUAAUUCAUCAAUUAAUUAUUCAGAUGACAUAUA